UAGAUAGAUGGAUAGCUAGGAAGAAUCGAUGACGACGACAACGAUUGGGAAGUGGGCGAGGACGGGGAGGAGGAGAAUAAGAGCAGGCGACGCCGGCGGCGGAGGAGGAGUAGGAGACGAUGAUGAUGUCGUCGUCGCAGCGACACGCGUACAGCUACGGGGACGCCCUUUACUGGGACGCCCGCUACCUGGCCGACGGCAGCGCCUCCUUCGACUGGUACCAGCGCUAUUCCGCCCUCCGCCCCUUCGUCAGGAAGUACGUCCCCGUCUCCGCCCGCGUCCUCAUGGUCGGCUGCGGCAACGCUGUUUUGUCGGAGGAUAUGGUGAAGGAUGGUUACAUAGACAUCAUGAACAUUGACAUUUCAUCAAUUGUGAUAGAAAUGAUGAGAACAAAAUAUGCGCAUAUUCCACAACUACGAUACAUGCAAAUGGAUGUAAGGGACAUGAGCUUUUUUGAUGAUGAAUCAUUUGACUGUGUUUUUGAUAAAGGGACUUUGGAUUCUUUAAUGUGUGGCAUGGAUGCUCAACUCAGUGCCUCUCAGAUGCUAGAAGAAGUGAACAGGCUUCUCAGACCUGGAGGGAUCUAUAUGUUGAUAACUUAUGGUGAUCCAUCUGUUCGCAUUCCUCAUUUGAACCAACCAGGAUGCAAUUGGAAGAUUAUUCUGUAUAUUAUACCCAGGCCAGGAUUCCAAAGCCCCGGAGGGGAUAGUCGACCAAGGUCAAUCAUGGAACCUGUCCCACUUACUGAGAGCGGCCAGCUUCCGGCUGGUUUUGUUCUCGAAGAUCCAGACUCGCACUACAUAUAUGUGUGUAAGAAGAUGCAUUAAAGAGUUGAUGCCUCACUACUGCCUUGAUAUUGUUUUGAGAUGCUCAACUUUACUUGUAGCUAGUUAUAUUCCCAAACUGCUGCUGUUGAGAAAAACAAGGCAACAAUCUCGGUGAUAGUGAUCUCUGCCUCUGCAGUGUUGCUCUUCUUACUUCUUAGAAAGGAAAGGUAGGCCUUGUUUAUGUUGCCACUUGUAUCAAAAGCUUUGCAAGGACUGCAGGCCAAAAUGUAAAGGCUAGGCAAGUGAGAUGCAUCUGUCAUUUUGCCACCAUCAUAUUGAUAGAACACUGUCAUGCAUGUUCUUUUACCAUUUGGUAAGAAGGCUUGAUUGGUUUUA